AUGAUGGCUUCAUUACGACUAGGACUCAGCUCUGCAGCCGUCUUGUUUCUCCUACUCCCUCUGUUAUUGCCGGUGGCCCCUGCAGUUAGAGCUGAUGACGAGCACAUUUGCUCUGAGCCGUCUGGUCCCCAAGUCCAGCUGCCUCGAGAGUGGCACUUGUGGAAGCAGGAACAUGGCAAAACCUACAGUUCUUUCAAAACGGAGCUAGAGAGGCACAUCGUAUGGCAGGCCAACCAACAGUACAUCGACACUCACAACAGAUACAAUUCUUCCUUUGGCUACACACUUGCCAUGAACAGACUGGGAGACUUGACUGAAGCAGAGUACCAGAAGCAGUACGGGUGUAUAGAUCACGCAGACAACGGGUCAUCUCCCUUUGUCUUCUACUAUUCCCCAGUCUCAGAGGAUGCCUCAAACCUCCCCACCAGUGUUGACUGGCACACUAAGGCAGCAGUGUCUCCUGUCAAAGACCAGGGUGACUGUUGUGCCAGCUAUGCCUUCAGUGCAGUAGGGACUCUGGAAGGAAUGGAGGCUCUUGCUAAUGGAUACCUCACCACCUUUAGCGAACAGAACAUCAUCGACUGCUCAGGUCCCUAUGGAAAUCAUGGAUGUUCAAAAGGAGCAGUGGACAGAGCGUUCGAGUACGUCAUAGAGCAAGGGAUAAACACAGACACCGUGUACCCGUUCCGCGGGGCUCGCAAGCGGUGCCACUACAAGAGCAGCAAGCCCGGAGUGACUCUGAGGAGCUACCAAUGGAUUAGGAAAGGGAGAGAGACUGACCUGCAGAGUGCAGUCGCCAUGGAAGGCCCCAUUUCAGCUGCUAUUGAUGCAAGCCACAAUACAUUCCGGUUCUAUGCCAGUGGCGUGUAUGAUCAACCAACAUGUUCCUCAAACAAAGUGAACCACGCAGUGUUGGUAGCUGGAUAUGGGACCGACGAGCAGGGGAAGGACUACUGGUCUGUCAAGAACAGUUGGGGAGUCCUUUGGGGAGAAGACGGAUACAUACGGAUGUCGAGAAACCAGAACAAUCAGUGUGGCAUCGCCUCCCGAGCCAUUUUCCCUGCACUAUGA